AUGGCUUCUCUCCCUCCCGUUGAGCCGCCCAUCUCGACGUCCUUCCCCUCCGAGGCCUACCAGCUGCUGCCCGAGCAGCAGAAGGCCGGCGCGGCCGAGGAUGCCCUGAUGCAGGAGCAGAUCAAGCAGGUCGAGGCUUGGUGGGCAUCUCCGCGCUUCGCCGGUAUCAAGCGCGACUGGACCGCGGCAGAUGUCGUCAGCAAGCGUGGCUCGCUGCAGCAGAGUUACCCCAGCUCGGUCAUGGCUCGCAAGCUGUGGAACCUCAUUCAGGAACGCAUGGCUGCCGGCCAGCCCAUCCACACUCUCGGUGCUAUCGACCCUGUGCAGAUGACCCAGCAGGCCCCCCACCAGGAGGUGCUGUACAUCUCGGGCUGGGCUUGCUCUUCCCUGCUGACGACAACCCAUGAAGUGUCUCCCGACUUUGGCGACUACCCUUACAACACUGUCCCCAACCAGGUGCAGCGCCUGUUCAAAGCACAGAGCAUGCAUGACCGCAAGCACUGGUUCUUGCGGUCCAAGAUGACCCCUGAGGAGCGCGCCAAGACUCCCUACAUCGACUACUUCCGUCCCAUCGUUGCUGAUGGUGACACUGGCCACGGCGGUCUGACGGCCGUCAUGAAGCUGGCCAAGCUGUUCGCCGAGAGCGGCGCGGCUGCUGUCCACUUCGAGGACCAGAUGCAUGGCGGCAAGAAGUGCGGUCACUUGGCUGGCAAGGUGCUGGUUCCGACUAGCGAGCACAUCAACCGGCUCAAGGCCGUCCGCUUCCAGUGGGAUGUGAUGGGCACCGAGAACCUGGUGAUCGCCCGUACUGACUCUGAGAGCGGUAAGCUCCUGUCGUCCUCGAUCGAUGUCCGCGACCACGAGUUCAUCCUCGGCGUGGCUGAUCCCUCGGUCCGCUCCAUCGCCGAGACUCUCGCCGAGAUGGAGGCCAAGGGCGCUUCUGGCGCUGAGAUCGACGCCUACGAGGCGCAGUGGGUGAAGUCGACGAAGCUGGUGACCUUUGACGAGGCUGCCGUUGCCCAUUUCGAGCGGAACGGUGUUCCUCAGGCUAAGAUUGACGAGUACCUGGCUAAGGUGCGCGCCGACCGUGACAUGGGUAUCACCGCCCGCCGCGCUCUUGCCGAUGCCGUCACCCCUGGCAACCCUGUCUAUUGGUCCUGGGACGUCCCACGCACUCGGGAAGGCUUCUACCACUUCAAGAACGGUAUGGCUGCGGCCACCAAGCGUGCGCUGGCCUUCGCUCCGUAUGCCGACAUGCUCUGGGUUGAGACUGGCGACCCGAAUGUUCAGGUCUGCCGUGACCUGGGCCGCGCGGUGCGCGACAAGUUCCCUGGCAAGCCGCUCGUCUACAACCUGUCGCCCUCGUUCAACUGGAUGGCGCACGGCUUCACAGAGGAGACACUCAAGAGCUUCGUCUGGGACAUUGCCAAGGAGGGCUUCGUUCUGCAGCUCGUCAGCUUGGCUGGUCUGCACUCGACUGCUACCAUCAGCAGCGAGCUGGCUAGGAAGUUCAAGGAGGAGGGCAUGAAGGCGUAUGUGGACCUUGUGCAGAAGCGGGAAAAGGAACUCGGUGUCGAUGUGCUCACGCACCAGAAGUGGAGCGGUGCCAAUUAUGUUGAUGCUGUGCUGGGUCACAUUCAGAGCGGUAGCUCGGGCAGCAAGAGUAUGGGUGAGGGUAAUACGGAAAAUCAAUUCGUGUAA